AUGGAUGAUCUUACUGCUUUAAAUGUUAAAGAAGUUUUUGGAAUAGAUUUUCAGAAGUUUUGUUUACGUCGUAAAAUAUUACUUAAAAGAGAUAAAUGCGGUGCUUUUAUGGUACCUAAUAUUGAUACUUUAAUAGAAUGUAUAUGUGCUCUUGAAUAUUUUAAAAUUAAAAUAAAUAACCAAUUAAAAAUAAUGCAGAAAUGUACCUCGUCUAAAAAUAGUUUAGAUGAUAAACAUGAUGUAUCAAGAUUAAAUGAUGGACAUAAGAUCAAAACAAAAAAAAAGAAGUUUCAUGAAGAAGUUAGAUAUGAUAAUUUGUCUUUUAUCAAGUCAGAAUUAAAUAUUUAUUUAUUUAAUACAUCUUCAAGUUUAUCGAGUCCUGAUUUUAUUAUCAAUAAUUAUGAAGACUCUGUUCCAAUGAUUUCUCCAUUAUUAGACCAAUUUAAGAAGAAACAUCAAAAAUUCCAUUACUUUAGUGUUUUAAGGCAUUUAAUCAAUAAAAAAGAAAAUGAUUUAAAAGAAAACAAUGAAAAAACAAAUGAUAAAAAAGAAAAUGAUAAAAAAUCAGAAUGCAAAUAUGCAGUUAAUAAAAAACAGUUAUGUUUAUUUUUUGAUCUUAUACUUUCUAAAGUAGUUCCUCUAAAGAUGUUUGGAAAAUUUAAAAAUUUAAAAAAGAUAAAGACAACUAUUUUCUGUCUGCUAGAUGCACCAAGUUUUAAAGCCUUUAAUUUGAAGCCUUUUAUUAAUAACUUAGAUAUUUUUAGCAUUACAUGGUUACAAAAUAUUAAAAGCAUAAGGAUAAAAUGGUUUAUUAUGGCCAAAUUUGCAAGAUGGUUUUUUGUUGGAUUUAUUUUUAGAAUAUUACGUACUUGUUUUCAUAUAACAGCUUCUAGAAAUAAUAAUAAAAGAUUAUAUAUUAUGCGUUCAACUUGGAGGUCUGUUAAACAAAAAUUUAUUAAGAAAGCAAAGCAUUCGAAUAUCUUGCAACCUGAUGUUAAAUGUAAUGAGUGGAAUCCACCAAUAGGCACAUACAAAUUAUUUCCUAAAUAUUCUGAUGUGCGACCUAUAUUUAAACCAGAAGAUAAUGAUAAUAAUAAAAUUCAUGAGUAUACAAUAUUGAAAUUUUUGAAACAAUUACAUAAUACAAAAUAUGGAAUCACUAACUUCCCAACAAAGUGGGAAUCAAUUGUCCAGCAUAAAUAUGAUACAAAACCAACAAAAUUAUAUUUUAUAUGUUGUGAUGUAAUGAAUGCUUUUGGUUCUAUAAUACAAGAAAAAUUAUAUAACAUUAUACAAUCACUUUGUAAGGACCUACCUGAAUUUUUAAUACUCAAAUACUAUGUAAUUAAAAGUGAAAAAUUCAGAAGUGAAAUUAUAUGUUACAAACAAUAUUUCUCUGAUCCAAAUUUGCAAUUACCUUUGGCAUCUGAUGCAUUAUAUACACAUACAAAUUAUAAUCAGUGUCAAUGGAUAAAGAAAAGCUGGUUACUAGAGAAAAUUUCAAAAUACAUUUUUUAUCAGAAAGUAAAAAUAAAUGUAAAGUCUUAUAUCAUAGGAAAAGGAAUUGUUCAAGGGUCAAUGUUAUCACCUAUUUUAUCAGAUAUAUAUUAUAAUUUUAUAUUACAUGAAGAAAUGGCAACAUAUUUAAAAGCUGGUGAAAUUAUAAAAUACAUGGAUGAUAUUUUAUAUGUAACUGAAAAUGAAAUUUUGGCAAAACAAUUUUUACAAUUAACAAAAAAAGGAAUUCCACAAUAUAAUUGUUACUUUAAACAAUCAAAAACUCAAACUAAUGUAGUUUGUGAUGGAAACAAAGCUGUGAACAGUAUAACUUACAUUGGUUAUAAGAUUAAUUGUACUUCUUUAGAAAUAAUACCUGUACAUCCAAGUACAGAUUUGUAUUAUUUAGUGUCAUUUUUUGGGAUAAAUAAUGGAAACCCCCUAAAAGUUUUAGAACGCCGAUUAUAUAAUAUAGCAUCUUUGAAAUUAUCAAAAUUUAUUUUAGAUAAAGCAAUUAAUUCUGAAAAAACCAUAUUAAUAAUAUUAAAAAGAAUAUGUUUAUUACAAGCAAAACGUGCUUGCAUUUUGAUAAAAGAGUUAUUUCAUUACAUCCCAGGAAGUAUUCAAAAUAUACUAAAAGUUAUUAAAAAUAGCAAUGAAAGGAUUACAAGAUACAUUAUAAGAAUGUUUCUGUUAACUCAUAAAAUAAAGAAAAAAUCAAGUAAACUCAUAUGGAAUAAGAGAAUUCUGCAUAUGUUAUGGAGAUCUUAUAAAACUGUUUUGUUGCAAGACAAAGUUUUACAAGAAUAUUUUAUUACUUCC